GCCUUCAAAGUGUUUGAUAGAGACGGCAAUGGAUUCAUAUCUAUCGAUGAUCUCAAACACGCCAUCAAUGGUAUCGACGACCCGUUGACUAACGAAGAGUUUGACGAAAUGGUGAACGAAAUCGAUGGCAACGAUAACCAAGAAAUCAAUUACGAAGAGCUCAUCACUCUUAUGACAUCCGCUCAUCAAUAG